AUGGGAUACGAAGCAAUCACACUCAAGGAAUUCGAGAUUUGGUAUAAUCGAUUUUCUCGCGGAGAGUUUGAUCUAGAAUACGAUAUCAGAUUGGAACCAAAAACCCGCGAUUUCUGUCAGCUGCCGACUUGUGUCAUUGAGAAAGUAUUGGAAAAAACGAGUUAUAAAGACCAAUUGACCGUCCGAAAAGUGUCUCGUGACCUCAAAUCUAUCGUUGAUUCCAUGAGAUCCUCCCUGAAAUCGAUUGAAAUGAUUUGGCAUUCGGAUCACAUUAAGUGUCGCUUUGAUGACCAUUUAGUUGUGUACUCGAAGAAAGAAAAUAUCAAAUGCGUUGGUGAUGACGUCAUCAGAGUAAUUGAUAAGAACUAUGAAGGAUUGGCGCUUCGUGAUUGGAAAUUUCCGAUGAGAAAUCCGAAACUUCGAUUGGAUAUUCUCAAAAUUGAGUGCAAAGAGCCUAGCAAUAGAAUGAGGGAGAACACGAAAAUCGAGAAGUUGAGCGAGUUUGUCAUGGACCUUCAUGACGCUAUCGAGUCAAUUUGGAGAGUUAAUGUUCAAAAGCUUCAAAUCGAUAGUUUCCACCCGAAAAUCAAUCAUGUCGAAUACAUUCUCCAACAUCUUGUACCAGGAUACCUGAAAUCCAUCGUAAUGCCAGAUUUUGAUCUGAAACGUGAUGAGUUGAACGUCGAAAUGCCCACUGACCCGGCGCCUGGGGUGGAACCAAGCGAAGCUUAUAAAAGAGCAAAAUCCAAUUAUUGGAGAGCUUGGUCCUUGAAGAAUGACAUCUACGAAGUUAUCAAGUUCAAGCAAUGGAAAGAGGCGGAGGAGUUGCAUUUGAAAUAUAACUGGGAUUACUUCUAUGAUGAAGAUCUCAUUCAUUUCAAACGAUUCCAUUUCACGGAUUGUAAUCUUGAUCGGAAAAGAUUGAUUCAUUUGAGAGAGAUAUUCUCCGAAUCAACUAAUUUCGAGUUAUGCACUCUCACUUCACCCAAUUUCCAAAUCUGCUCUGAAUAUCUCGAAUCGUUCUGUGAAAAACUCGACUCGGGAGAUCCAUCCGUUCUCAUUUUAAACUACAAGAUUCCUGACGAUUCAAACAAAAUAAAACCAGUUUUCGAAACUUACAAAAGUUUCUGUGAAGUGAUGGGAUACGAAGCAAUCACACUCAAGGAAUUCGACAUUUGGUAUCAUCGAUUUUCUCGCGGAGAGUUCGAUCUGGAACACAAUAUUGGACCGAAUAUGUCUGCCCUCGAAUUCUCCAAUUUGCCCACCGACGCAAUUGGGAAAAUCAUUGAGAAAUGUGAUCUCAAAGAGCAAUUGACUCUCCGAAAAGUGUCGAAAAACCUGCAUUCUCUAGUCGAUGAACAGAAAAUUGCAUACAAAUCGAUCGAAAUCUAUCUGGAAGAUUCGUUUAUCUUUUGUGCGCAUAACGACAAAAAAGUUGUGUAUGCAAGCGAGAAUCUGGAUGAGAAGAAAGGAUAUGGUUACAUUUUCAAGAGAUCUUUCAUUAUCAGAAGCGAAGAUUAUGUGAAAAUCGCUUUGAAUGAUUUGUCGAUUGCACUGAAAAAUCCAAAAUUGCGGUUGGAAUUCUUUGAUCUGAAAGUCUUCAGUGACUCCAAUGAUAUAAUGAAUCGAUUGGAGAGCCUUCUGAAACAUCAGAAUCACAAACAAUACGUCAAAAGAGUGUCAGUCUAUUCGGAGUCCCCUGAAUGUCUUCUAUCGGGUCUCCCCUGUCUCAGACCGAAAGUGCUUGAGGGUAUUUCAAUUUACGGAAGUGGCGAAGACAGGGACUUUUGGGCAUCGAAAGAAUCGGAACGAUUAUUCUCCACGUCUACCGAAUUCGAGUCAUGUACUGUCGAAUUAUUGGGACUCGAAAACUGCUCUGAGUACCUAGAAUCGUUCUGUGAAAAAGUAGACACCAAAUAUACAUCCGUUCUUCUCUACCGCUUCAAGAUUCCUGACGAGACGAACAAAGUUUUGGAGUUCAAAUUAGAUAAAGAUGAAAUCAUUAUCAAGAAGAAGAAUUUCUGA